AGAGAGCCGAGCAAUUUUCAAUAGUCCUACAUCGGCAUUAAAACGAAUUAUCCAGCUAACAAACAACGCCCCGGCUCGGAAAACGCGCUUAAAACAAAAAAAAUAAAAUAAAAAAAUACAGUACUGAGAUUUAUUUUGCGUUGUCAAUUGAUAAAACAAGAUCUGCUUUUAAAAUCGCUUCGUAACCGCAGUACCAACACCCCUCGCUACAGCAGUUUAAAUGCCUUGUCCCGGAGUAUAAGCGUCCUCACCUUGCUGGGAAGCGGCUGUAUAGUCGCUAGCGCUGGGCUGGGGGGUUGCAGCUACUGUGCGCCUUUAUACAGAAACAUGGUCUACAGGACUCUGCGCUUUUGAGGGACCCGCUGACACACACGCAGAGAAACGCCAACAGCAGCCUCGGCGACAAGGUUCAAAGGCACCGCUCCUCUUCCUCCCCCAGCCUCCCCACACGUUCUCGCUCGCUGUCUGCUCCUCCUCCUCACACACGCACACACGCAGAGCCGACGCCAUGGGCAAGCAGAACAGCAAGUUAAGGCCAGAGAUGCUGCAGGACCUGCGAGCGAACACGGACUUCUCCGAACACGAGCUGCAGGAGUGGUACAAGGGCUUUCUGAAGGACUGUCCGAGCGGCACGCUGAACGUCGAGGAAUUCAAGAAGAUCUACGCCAACUUCUUCCCGUAUGGGGACGCCUCCAAGUUCGCCGAACACGUCUUCCGCACCUUCGACACCAACAACGAUGGCACCAUCGACUUCCGGGAGUUCAUCAUCGCGCUCAGCGUCACCUCACGCGGCAAGCUGGAGCAGAAACUCAAGUGGGCCUUCAGCAUGUACGACCUGGACGGGAAUGGGUACAUCAGCAGGGACGAGAUGCUGGAGAUCGUACAGGCGAUCUACAAGAUGGUCUCCUCGGUGAUGAAGAUGCCGGAGGACGAGUCGACGCCAGAGAAACGGACCGACAAGAUCUUCAGACAGAUGGACCUGAACAACGACGGCAAGCUAUCUCUCGAGGAGUUCAUCAAAGGUGCCAAAAGCGACCCCUCAAUCGUGCGAUUACUGCAGUGUGACCCCAGCAGCGCAUCGCAGUUCUGAGCUUCCCCUCCUGCCCCAGGGAAACGGAGUCAAAACGCAUGAAGGUUCCUGUCUUUUGUCUCACGGAGGGACGAGUUUUAAAGUUAUUUUAAGAAAAUUAAUCAAAAUAAUACAAAAAAAAAAAAAAAAAAAAAACCACAACCUGCCUAGACUUUUAACCAUCUCCUUCAUCACGCUUCGCAGAAGGGAAUUCCCAAAAGGCCACAGUGAUGGGAAACCAGGGACAACCUGUAGGAUCCUGGAAUUGUUCUUUUUGCAUUUGGAAAAGAA